UUAUGCACUAACAACCACUAAGGUCAGGUCAGCCGUCAGUUGCUGAGGAAUGCUGACACACUCAAAAGCAAAGCUAAAAAAAUGGUGGGCAUUUUUCAUUUUUCUCUCUCCUAAAAUCAAAUCCAACGGUUCAGAUUUCUCCUCUGACUUGACAACUCAUAAUCCAACGGCAAACAAAUCUGACAUCUGUCACCGAUCCCCAUAAAAAAAUAAAAUUAAAAAAAAGGAAUCCACCUGAUUGUAGAAAAAACCAAUUUUCUCUCUCCUCUGAUCAUCACAAUUCUCUCGAGGGUUUUGCCUCAACUUUGACCCCCUCUUCUUCUUCUUUUUCCCCAAAAAACCCAGAAUUUUUUCUUCGAUUUUCUUUCAUAUAAAUCUUAAUUAUUUUAUUAAUUCUUCAUCACUUAUUCUUCUUUUUGUUGGCUUGUAAGUGUCCAAGAAGAUAACCAUCUCAGUGGUCAAUUCAGUUUGUUGACAGACAGCAUAAAUCCUUAGUUUGGAAUGCCUUAAGAUCAACUUGCUGAAUUUGCUUCUUUAAAAUUCUCCCAAUGGUUACACAAGAGGAAAACGCUGUGCUUGUAUCUCCUAAAGAUAAAUUGGAGCAGAGAUUGAGCCCUGAUUCUACAAUAAAUGCUUCCAGUACUGAUCGAGAAGCUAUUGUCCCUGAAAAACCAUCUGAAGAUGGAUAUAAUUGGAGAAAAUAUGGGCAGAAAAAUGUCAAAGGAAAUGAAUAUAUAAGAAGCUAUUACAAAUGUUCACAUCCAAACUGCCAGGUGAAGAAACAAGUGGAGCGAUCCCAGGAUGGGCGGAUCACAGAUAUUAAUUACUUGGGAGAGCAUGAUCAUGCUAAACCUCAUUCUGAUCCCCAAGUAUCUGUUCCCUCUCUUCUGUCCGUUAAAGUACAGAUACCAGAUUGUCCACCAGCUGCUGAUGAAGAUAAACCAUCAGAUGUGCAAGCCCUUGCAACUGGUCAUUUUCAGAAAGUGGAUUUAUGUGAGCAUGCUAUAGUUAAGGUGGCUGAUGAUGCUACACCUGUACCUCUCACACCAUCAAGUCAAUCAAGGGAUGAUCAUAGUGAAAACUUUACCCUGAAGAGACGGAAGAGAAGCAUUGAUGGUGGUGACAACACAGCAGAGAAGCCCAGUCAUGAAUCACGGAUUGUCGUCCAUACAGUUAGUGAGGUUGAUAUCGUCAAUGAUGGGUUCAGGUGGCGGAAGUAUGGACAGAAAAUGGUCAAGGGAAACCCUAACCCAAGGAGUUACUACCGGUGCUCGACUACGGGGUGCCCAGUUAAGAAACACGUUGAAAGGGCCUCGCAUGAUCCUAAAGUAGUCAUCACCACGUACGAGGGUGAACAUGAUCAUAGUAUGCCUCCUAUAAGGACAAUUCUUCCCCAGACUGCAGGAGCUUCUGUGGGUGAGACAGAGUCUAAUGGCAUGAGUAAAUCCAAGUCAGAAGAAGGGGAUACAGUUCAUGAUGCUGCAAUAACAGGUAAACCCGAAAAAGGUGAUUCUGUUGAUCCUAUUACCAAUGAAAAAGAAAACAAUUUAGCAAUUGUGAUGAGGGCUGAAGAUGCUAUUACUGGAUCCACUGAGCAAAAAGCCAAUCAUAAAGCUGAGAGAUCUGAACAUAAUUUUCAAAUUGCUAAGGAGGAAAUCGAUCAGACUGUUAGUAAAGAUCAGAUGGUCAAACAAGAGAAAGUUGCUUCAAGUCAUGUUGAUACGAAGCCAGAAGCUAUAUUAUCUGAGGCAAAAAAACCUGAUACAAUCGUUGAUAUGAAACCAGAAGUUGUAUCAACUGAGGCAAAAAAACCUGAUACAAUCGCUAAUAAGAAGCCAGAAGUUGUAUCAACUGAGGCAAAAAAACCCGAUACAAUAGUUGAUAUGGAAGUUGUAUCAACUGAGGCAACAAAGCCUGAUACAAUCAUUGAUAUGAAGCCAGAAAUUGCAUCAACUGAGGCAAAAAGACCUGAUGCAAUAGUUGAAAGCUCUCGUGCUGAAGCAAAGUCAAAUGGACUACAAAGGCCUAAUACAGAAGCUGUCAACUGCUAAAUACGUUGUUAUUGCUGAUUGAAGUCAUAGCUGAUAGAGGAUUGUUGUAGACACUGGCAUUCAUUGACGUAGAAAACGCUGCAAGUGGAGGAGUAUUCUGGAGGUGUUUUAAACAUUGUAAAUAAAUCUAAUUAGACAAAGGGGAGCAGCCAUAUAGCCUGAGGAGUCUAAUUUAAUUAUUGAGAAUAAAAAUAUCAUAGAUUUCCCUUCAAAAAUGUCUCAUAGUUGGAAGUUGGAAGUGCUAUUUGAUUGUAUUUAGUGUAUUUCCUGUGGAUAUGUACCAAAUGGAUGAAUCUGUAAGUUCUCUAUAGUUUGAUUAUGGGAAUGACCAUUGCUUUGGAUUUCCAGAUUAAGGAUCAAUUCAAUUUUCGAGUUGUCUUUAUAAGCUUCGAUUGAACAUGGUAAGCAUUUGAUGUGAUACGAGUAAAUUACUUUUUGGUUA